AUGGAACGCGCUGGCUUGACAGCACCAGUCCCCGUUUUACUCGAUGCUGGUGCUGCCAUGGUUAUACCAGCCCGACGGUAUGGUUUUGUAAUGUUGUUUGCUGUCGUUCUUUUGUUGCACACGCUGCCACAAGUAGUCACAGGGAAGUGUGCACCAAGGCCGAUCGUGUUACGUCUCGGAGAUGUUCAGAUCUCCAACGGCAAGACAGCCCGUGGCGUCGAGAUGGGCAUUGGUGAUCCUCAACAGCGCCAAGCGAUGCUUCCCCUGUGGAACCACGACGGCGUCUUACUCUAUGGCAUCAACGGUUCCUGCGAGGGUGCCUACAAUUUUGGGCCGGUCAACUGGACGACAGACGGCUGCCCGACUCUUCGGGGCGGGGCCUACAACGGACAAAAUUCGAAAACGCACAAGCCCGCCGGCGCAACCGAGGCAAACCUCUUCCAGACCGAAGGAGCGGAUAACAGGGACUGGGGUGACGCGAUGCGUUUCCUUGAUACAAUAACGCUCAACUCAAACCUAAGCUUGCCCGGGUUUCCAUUGCGCGAGGCGACUAGGGAUUGGGGCGCCCAAGGUUACACCCCGAUGCACGCUUUCGGCCUAGGGUCCAAUUCGACGAUCCUCCGGGCGCUCAAAGGCUCGGCCAAGAUCUCCUCGUUGAGCUGGGCCUUCGCCUGGGGGCGUCCUUCUAAGACGGCCGGAUCCAAAGGCGGUAUCGACGGGUCGGUUGUACUGGGUGGCUAUGAUAAGGCCAGGAUUAAACCCGGUGCCAAAAGGUAUACGCAGCCCAUUGCUGCCGAUAAGCCGCAGCAGUGCCCAUCGGGUCUGGUCGUUUCCAUUAACGACAUGGAGCUCAACUUUCCCAACGGCACCAACUUUAGCAUUUUCCCCAAGUCCAGGUCCAGUGCCAUCCAGGCCUGCGUCCAGCCGAACCUUCCCUUGGCCGUGCGCAUACCUUAUGAUCCAUAUGUCGACAACCUUUUGGGCGCCAUGGGCUACACUAUUUAUGACAUGGACCGUGCCUUUGGACUGAACUGGAACAAUCUCCGUUUUAAAAAGGAGCAAAAACCUUACGACGGAGCUAUGUCCAUCAAGCUCGGCAGCGGCAUGGUUGCUCGGCUCGAGAAUGACCAGCUCGUGGUCCCGCACCAGUCCGUCGACCGCAAGACGGGCGACAUAAUCAUCGACCGCGCCGAGCCUCCCGAGCUGCUCAUCGACUCGAUGCAGGACGUCAACGCGAAUGAUAUGGCGCAACUGGGCAUGCACUUCGCCGCUGUCGCUUACCUCCUCGUUAAUUACGACGCCGGCCAGUUCAGCAUGUGGUCGUCAGCUGACAUCGCCAAGGAUGCCGUGCCUGACCUGGUCGCCAUAGACGAACGCGGGCUGGACCUGACCGACGCUGAAUUUUGCGCGGCCGACAACUCGACAGGUAGUUCACCACCACCGGCUGUGGCUACCGUGCCCGCUAAGCCGUCACCAGAGGGUGAAGAGACUGGCGACGCUGCCGCCACCGCCACCACCGGCGGUGUCUCGCUGCCGACUGGGGCACUGGUAGGCAUUGUCGUCGGUGGAGCCCUCGUUCUUCUACUUGCCCUUGGCGUCAUUGUCUGGAUCUUGUUGCGACGGAGACGGCGGGGAAAGAAGGCGCCGGUCACCGCAACUGCAGCUUUUGAGGCACGGGGAACAGAAAAUAAGAAUUAUGCAAUAUACCAGCCGUACGGCGGUCCAACAUUUGGCUUAGGAAUCGACGCGGGGACCCAUCCUAUGGCCCAAAAGUCAGAGCUCAUAGACACUUCGUCCAUACCGCUCUAUGAGGUGCCGUCCACUUAUCUUUAUGAGGCGCCAGCUGGACAAACAGGACCGUAUCAAGGGAGGCGUUAUGAGCUAUCAGGAUAA